GACUCAUUCUGACUCCUUCUGACUCCUUCCUGACUGUCCUUUUCUCAAUUGACUAAGAGAUAUAUCUGCUGCACUUCUCCCACGUAUGCCAAUUCUUCAGAGAUCACACUUAGUCCUGCCAACUCUUAAAUCCUUCUUCAAACAUCCAUCUCGUUGUCAAUCCCCUCUUCCACAACUCUACAAACGAACCAUGUCGUCCGCAAUGUCCAAACGGCUCGAGGGCAAAACCAUUGUUAUAACCGGUGCCUCGUCUGGCAUUGGCAGGAGUACCGCUUUGGAAUUUGCGAGAACUUCUCCCAAAGACUUGAGAUUGAUCUUGACCGCUAGAAGAAUCGAUGUUUUGGAAGAAGUAAAGAAGGAUAUUGAGAAAGAAUGUGGUGAGGGGGUUAAAGUGUUGGCUGUGAAAUUGGAUGUCAGUAAACCUGAGGAGGUAAAAGGUUUUGUUGGUGGAUUGCCAGAAGAAUGGAGGGAGAUUGAUGUUUUGGUCAACAAUGCUGGUCUAGUCAAAGGUGUAGCACAAGCCCCGUCUAUUGCCGAAGAAGAUAUCAACAUUAUGUUCGCAACAAACGUAACGGGCCUCAUCAACAUGACUCAAGCUGUCCUCCCAAUCUUCAAAUCGAGGCCCGAUGGUGGAAAAGGCGACAUCAUAAACAUUGGCAGUAUUGCAGGAAGAGAACCAUACCAAGGAGGAAGUAUCUAUUGUGCCACUAAAGCAGCCAUUAGAAGUUUUGGAGAUUCGCUGAGGAGGGAGUUGAUUGCUACAAGAAUAAGAGUCAUUGAAAUCGAUCCUGGACAAGUCGAGACCGAAUUCAGUGUCGUUCGAUUUUAUGGCGAUAAAAAGAAGGCAGAUGCUGUCUAUGCCGGGUGUGAACCAUUGACUCCGGACGAUAUUGCCGAAGUUAUUGUUUUUGCAGCCGGAAGAAGAGAGAAUGUCGUUCUUGCCGAUACUUUGAUUUUCCCCAACCACCAGGCUGCUGCCACAGUAUUGCAUAAGAAGUCAUAAGCUGACCAUACAUAGGCUGGUGCCGGAGGUGCAAUGUAUAAGAAGAGCUAAGUUCUAUUUGUGCAUAGAAUAUGAAUACCCUUUGAUAGAAAGAAGCAAGAGCGUGUGUGUUAAAAUGCAUACAAUAGAUAUCAUAUUCUUUCAUUUCAGAAUAAAAAUGUUUCUGCUUCUUUUCUGCCA